AUGUCCUUCGUCAUUAUUCCUCCUCCCCGCUCGGAAAGCCUUUCAGAUAUUUUAGCACCAAGCAAUACGUCAUUGACUCGAGACCACAGCACUGCUAAUUUAUCAAAAUCUAAUAAUGUGUUGUUUACUGGGUUUAAUUUACAUGCUUCAAUGGUCGCGAUCGGAACAGAACAAGGUUUUAAAAUAUUUUCAUGCGCUUAUGGCCACUUUCGGAAAGAAUUUGAUUUGAAAUUUAUUGAUGGAGGAAUUUCAUUUGUUUCUUUUAUGGACAAAGACAAGGAUUCAGUGGCACUAGUUGGAGGCGGAUCUAGACCUGCAUUUUCAAUGAACAAAAUUGUAUUUUACAACUACAAGGAAAGAAGAGUAACAAAUGAGCUAAUUUGCUCUAGAAAUGUCAUUUCUGUCCAUUCCAAAAAGGAUAUUUUUGUAGCCGUAGCAGAAGACAUGAUAUUUAUUUAUGACAUCAGAAAUAGACAACCAAUACAUGCUUUGAAAACAGCUAUCAACCAUCAUGGUCUAUUUGCUAUGGUGUAUCUGAAGGACCGUAAACAAUUUUUAAUGGCUUACCCUGAUGAAACAUGCAGCGACGGCCCUUUGGGGAAUAUCAAGCUCAUAUGGUUAUGUUCAUCAACUCACAAAAUUCUUCAAGAAUCUGUUAUUCACGCCCACGAAUCUUCCAUUCGCUGCUUUUCCUUAAGUGACGACGGAACAAUGUUAUCUACCACUUCUGAGAAAGGUACAAUUGUAAGGGUUUUUAACACGGAUAGUGGAGACAAGAAGAUAGAAUUCAAAAGAGGAGCUCUUACAAGCGACGUCUAUUCGUUAUGUUUCAGUCAUGACGGAGCCUUCCUUGCAUGUAUGUCCUCAAACGGGACGUUGCAUAUAUUUGUUGUAGAUUAUGAAGCUUGGAAAAAACAGCGACUGUUAGCACAAGGUCAAACAGACUCGAGUUGGACAAGCACUCUAUGGGAUUAUGUUCCAUCUUCAAUUACAAGCUCGUUGGAAGCUACUCCUAAGAGCGUGUUUAGAUACAAAAAUAUAGAAGGAAUAUCUGUUUGUGCAUUUGAAUCAACAGAUGACUCAAUACUACUGUGCACAAAUAAGGGAGUGUACAUGAGCUUAAAGUUUGAUUGGAAUUGCUCUGGCUCAGAGAAUAUUAAUGAAGCUCCCACAGACAAAUAUGUUGCAAAUAUUGAUUGA